UCAGAUCACAGGAGCUGCCCAGAGACUGUGGUACUGAAAGAGCUACUCGCGGGAGCUGACUCCGGGAAAGAGAAUCUAUAGAUGGCAAAAAUGUACAUGAAAUCCAAGGAUAUGGUGGAGCUGGUCAACACACAGUCCUGGAUGGACAAAGGUCUGAGCUCCCAAAAUGAGAUGAAGGAGCAAGAGAGAAGACCAGGGUCUUAUGGAAUGCUUGGAACCUUAAUGGAAGAGCAUGACAGUAUUGAAGAGGAGGAAGAAGAGGAAGAAGAUGGAGAUAAGCCUAAAAGAAGAGGCCCCAAGAAAAAGAAGAUGACUAAAGCUCGCCUGGAAAGGUUCAGGGCUCGAAGAGUCAAGGCCAAUGCUAGAGAACGAACCCGGAUGCAUGGCCUGAAUGAUGCCUUGGAUAAUCUUAGAAGAGUCAUGCCAUGUUACUCUAAAACUCAAAAGCUUUCCAAGAUAGAGACUCUUCGACUGGCAAGGAACUACAUCUGGGCCUUGUCUGAAGUCUUGGAAACUGGUCAGACACUUGAAGGGAAGGGAUUUGUGGAGAUGCUAUGUAAAGGUCUCUCUCAGCCCACAAGCAACCUGGUUGCUGGAUGCCUCCAACUGGGGCCUCAAUCUGCCCUCUUGGAGAAGCGUGAGGAAAAAUCUCCAAUUUGUGACUCUACUGUCUCUGUCCACAGCUUCAACUAUCAGUCUCCAGGGCUCCCCAGCCCUCCUUAUGGCCAUAUGGAAACACAUCCUCUCCAUCUCAAGCCUCAACCAUUUAAGAGUUUGGGAGACUCUUUUGGGAGCCAUCCACCUGACUGCAGUACCCCCCCUUAUGAGGGUCCACUCACACCACCCCUGAGUAUUAGUGGCAACUUCUCCUUAAAGCAAGAUGGUUCCCCCGACUUGGAAAAAUCCUACAACUUCAUGCCACAUUAUACCUCUGCAAGUGUAAGUUCAGGGCAUGUGCAUUCAACGCCCUUCCAGACUGGCACUCCACGCUAUGAUGUUCCUGUAGACCUGACCUAUGAUUCCUACCCCCACCACGGUAUUGGAACUCAGAUCAAUACAAUCUUCUCCGAUUAGAGCAAUAAGAUAACCACCAAAAUUUCAGAGAAUGAAGUGGAGAUGUUUUCCAUGUUUCUGGUGGCUGAGCUAAACUCUCAGAGAAUUUAAAAGAACCUUGGAUAGACAUCAAACAUAGUGGUCCCAGUUUGUUCAGAACUCUCUGUAUCUGCUAACUUUCUUCUCAUUAACUCCUCACAUUGGACCUAUCUUAUAUUUGGGAUCCUCAAGUGAACAUAUUUGAUGGUUUGGGGCCACAUAGUAAUAGAACAGAGAGCCUAGGCUCUGCUCCAGUGGUGCCAAAGACUGACUGGAUGCUCUGCCAAUUAACUUUCCAUUUCCAGUGUUUGUUGCUUUCAAAUAAAUAUGAAGCAACUGUUCUAAAUCAACAUAUACCUUUCAUCUCUCAUACAUUUUUAAAACUGAAAAGCAAUAAAAGGAAAUAGCCUAAAUGAAAUGAUUAUACAGAACUGAAAGGGGCAUCAGGUAUAUGUCUGUUGGCUUAUAGAACACAAAAUUUGCGUGAGUUUGACAACUCAUCUUUGUGUCUAUUUAAAUAUAACUUCUAGAGCCUAAAAUAAUAACCUGGAUGCUACCAUAAAUAGCCAAGAAUGUUCUUGAAGAGAUUAGCUCUACUUCUCACUGUGCUGAAAGGUAUCCACAUCCUUUUUAGUUAUUGAAGAACCAGGAAAGAAACCUCAUACAAACUUUGUUCUUGAUACUAUUAAAAAAACAACUGUCUUAGUACUAGGAGUCAAGCAAGAAAGAAUUGAAAUUUCUGUUCUGGGACAUAGAAAUACCACCCAGCUCAUUUCUUAGCUUCUAAGAACUAAAGGGCUGUGGGAAUUUUGCAGGUGUUCAGGUGCUUCAGUUAGAAUCAGAACUCAGCCAGGUUCACUCUGUAGAGCAAUAAAAUGGUGGUUGGCUGACAUCCCAUAUAACACAUGAAGGACUCUGCCUGACAUCUAACCACUGGAAAAAAUGUGGAUUUUCUCUAGCAAGAUGAAUUUCACUGUUUAAAGCGAUAUGAUUUCAGCCAUAGAGUUUUGUCCACUCCAGUACCAUGUAUUCUAGGACUAUAGGCACUAAUCAAUCUUGAAUCCUCACAACAUAAAUGUGACUCCUUACUCCACUGAUCGUCACUUUGUCUUCAUUUUCAAGAUAUCAUGCUAUUAUAUAGCAAAAUUUUGAUUAGAAUCAAAAUUAAGGGUCAAUGAAGGCUUUUAUUUGUAUCUUCAGCAUGGGUUUUAAUCAGUUUUAAGAAAGUUUAUUUUCUUUAUGUGGCAUCUUUUUUAUUUUGUAUCCGCACUGACUUUGCCAAGUUUCUCUUCUCCAGAGAAAUUAGCUCUGAGAAAUUUUACUAUCAUGAUCCAUCUUCCACAGUCAUUAUUUAGGUUCAACUCAAGAAUAUAAAUAGCUUAUUUAUUUAUAGUGGGUGAGGAUACAUCUCUAAGGAUAAAAUUUAACAAUAUUAAUGAUAGAUGAACCUGUCAUCUAUCUACCAAACUAUAUAUGUAUCUUUUUUCUUUAUUGCUCUUAUUUAUUUCUUCACACUGUGAAUUAUUGUAUGUCCAUCUUAUUGUAGUACUUACUCUCCUCUACCUUGGACCUUUGGCUUAUAAAUAUGUUUAAAAGUUUGUAAAGAAGUCUUAAACAACUGAUUCAGCACCUUGAAUCGCCCUCGUGGGAAUAGGAAAGGAGAAUUAUUUAUAGAGUCACCCCAUAUAAUUUUUUGAGAAUUUGCUGUUCUUACCUAGUAUUUAUGUUUAUAGAUAAUUGAUUUCUGCAUUAUUUAUUAGAUACUAUUUAUUUAAUUUAUUUUCCCCUUUUUAUGUUAAAAAUUUUAGUCCCAUAGAUAUAUCCUUAAAGCCUCAGUGGGAAAGUAGCUUAUAAGUUUGGAGUGAGAGAAAAGGAGAAAUUGGUUCUUGAUUGCUUGUGAUGCUUUUAUUAAAAAAGAGCAAUAAUUUGAAUAGCUAUGCAACUUAACGGCUUUAGAUUUUUUCCUUUGAGGUGCAACAGAGUUACAUUUUUAUUUAUGCCUUUAGAGAAUGGAGUACAUGUGAACCAAGACUAUAUAAACCUGUGAAGAAAGAUUUUAAAUUGAAUUCAAAUUUAGUACUGUACCAUGCUUGGAAAGAACUCGUUCUUUAAAUAAUGUCUAGUCUUCUGAGAAUGUUUUUAGAUAAAAAUGAAACAAUUGUUUAAAAGAAAUGACUGUUUUCUCUCCCUUUUCCAGUAAUAAAGCUUUGAGUGUUCUUACACA